AUGAUUCAUAACUUAUUAAUAAUAGUAUUUUUUGCUUUAUGGACUGUCCUUUUUAUCGUUUUGAUCUUAAUAGGCUAUUUUUUAGAAAAAAAAUAUAAAUUAGCUGCCAUAACACCUUAGGUUAAAAGUUAAACGCCUUAAAAUAGUGUGAUUUUUGUUAAUCAUAUGUUAAUAUCUAAUGUUUAGAAGCAGUCUUAAUAAAAGAACGAUAGUUAAUUGGUAGAUGAAUUAAUUAACAAUCAAAGAAUGUUCUCAUAAUAAAAUAAUCAAGAGAAUGGAAUUAAAAUUUAAGAUGAAUCAGCUUAAAAGGAAACAUCUCUGAAACUCCCAAUUACUAAAAAAUAGAAAUAAACAACGCCGUAGACAAUUUUUUCAAGAAAACAAAUUGCAGGAAAUAUGGAGGGUGUGGAGACUGUGUAAUCUACAAACCGAAAAAGCGUGAGAUCAAGACAGUCAGGCAAUAAUAGUGAAAGGAACAGUAUUUUUGGGGAGACUCCAGAUCAAAAGGUUCUCAAUCAACCUAAGAUACCUUCUAUCUCAAAUUUUUAGACAAGUGGUUAUUCCAUUACUGUUUAGAAUUGUAAUGUACCAAAGCCAGCCAAGGAUUAUUAUAAAUGUAAUUUGUUUGCUAAAAUAUUUUACAGUCACAAAAUUGGUUUAUCAAGAAUUUUUAUGCUCGCAUAAAUUUAUUUUAGACAAAUGGUUUGUUUCGAAAUUUGUGGAGUAUUGCUUCUAUUUGUUUCACAAUUGUAGUAUUAUUAUAUCAUGGCCUCUUCAAGUGGUGGGUAUUUGAUCAUCAAAAUACACGAUUAUUAUACAAUAUAGUCGAUAUGCAAGAAUGGAAGUGGAUGCUAUAUCAAAUUGAUCAAUUAUGUCAUUUGGGGAAGUGCAUUGGCUGUUCUAAUUAUAGGGAUAAUGUACUACGAGAUAAACAAUUUUAUUUGUUUGCAAUACUAUGCUCCUGCUUUGGCUUUAGAAUUGUUUGUUGUUGAUCCAAUCAGAUACUUAUUAAUUAAAAAUUGCUUAGCUGAACCCAGAUUGGGAAUCAAUAAGAAAUGCUAGAGUAUAAAAUGA